CGACUGCGACCGUUUGGAACUAGUCUUGUAAGACGAUGUCCCCAGGGGUUCUUCUGCCCUAACUUGAAAUCGACUCACAGCCCCUGGGUCUCGAGGAUGUUUUAACCUCGGCCGAUGAAGAGGGAAGAGGAGCUCCUCUGCUCCAGUGCUCCAUUGUUAGUCUGGGUUCUAAUGUCGUAUCCAGACCUCACACAUUUCAGUCCAUUGAAUUUUAUAUUCAAGAUGGCGGCCAAAACAUCUCAGUUCAUUUAUCGAUUAUUUAUCUUUAAAUUUUGGAUGUGGCUUCUUUCAAACUGUUGCUUUGUGGGACCCCAACAAGUUCCCCUUCCAGACACUUUCAUUAAUCCAUCAUUUCAAGUUGCUCAUUAUUUAUGGCAAGGACAAACUUCCCAAGUAAUUAAAGAACUUGACAAAGUACACAAGCCAUCAUACAUUUUGGCAACACCACAACACACUUUGUAUAUAUCAAGCUUUUUACUUGACCAGGUUUUGUAUGUGGCAGACACUAGACAGAUAGGAAGCCCUGCUGUCACUUUUACUCAAGGUCAUGGACUUGAUGGUCCAUGGGGAAUGGUUGCUGAUGACACGUACUUGUAUGUUGCAAGUUUCACAACAGAUCAGAUUCACAAGUAUGAUUUAACUACAAGAAGCUUUGUAGGUGCCUUUGGAAAUGAGACUUACCUAGACUGUCCAGAAGGGAUGGCUAUAGGCCCUAACAACACCAUUUAUGUUGCAAGCUUUCUUAACGAUAGAGUUGUUAAAUUCUCUCUACCUGAUGGAAAUUUCUUGGGUGUGGUUGCUGAUAAAAGCCAUGGGCUUAAGGGGCCUGAAGAUGUUGCAUUCUUAGAGGAUGGCACUCUUCUUAUCUGCAGUCAUUACAGUGACAGUGUGUUGAAAUUCAAUUCAUCUUCAGGUGAACAGCUUGGUGUGUUUGCUAGAGUGGAAAAACCAGUUGGUUUGACUGUUGGAUCUGAUGGCAACGUUUAUGUGACAAGCUAUCUUUCAAACAGUAUCCUUCAAUUUGAUGGACAAACAGGUAAUUUUAUUGAUGUUUAUGCUGCUGGUGGUGGCCUUGAAGGACCGUCCAGUGUCAGUUUUGCAGAUCUUCGCACACUGUAUGCGGCCAGUUAUGACAGCGACAGGGUGGUGUUAUAUAACAGUACUACGGGACUUACUUAUACAUUGCCUGGAAAACGCAACGAGCAUCCGGGAGUCGGUUCUUUUAGGAAUGCAACACUCGACAGAUAACGUCGUGUCAGAGUCAACCAUUGUCAUCGACUAGAAGUCGCUAAUCAGUGUAACGCUUCUAUUGUGAAGAAUAUUCUAAAUUUAAAGUUUUCUGACAAGUCAUAAAUUGGGAUGCAAACAACCCAACGUGAACAGACUUGUUUUCCUUCGAGUGUGUUUUUUAUCUAUGGAAAUCGGUGUCUAUGCUAACUACAGUAUUAGACAAAUGGCAUCUAAUUGUAUUUAUUAGUAGAGAGUAAAAUUUGUAGAUUAUAUUUCUCGGAGAGAAAAGAAAAGAAUCUCUUGGUCACUGCUGAACUCAACUAUGUGCUUGACGUCCUCACGAGCCUAUUUUGGUUAUGAAUCGCUUCCAGUGCAGUUGGAAUAGGCUCGCUGUUUGUUAUAGUGGAGUUUAAGCCGUAUAAUGUGUUUUUUGACUAGUCAAAAUAUCAAAAUGUGUGCAGGGAACGGAGCUAAAAAGCUGGCCGCCAUCUUGGCUGACCGCUGACAACAAUCUCUGAGAAAGAACAAGCUUCCAGUCAGGCAAGCUUUCCAUGUAUUUAGACAGAGGUUCGUUGCCAACUAGCUCCUCUCUACUCCGCUUUUCACAGCCACCUCCUUGGCAAUUUCAUUUUCGAUGGCUUUCGCUUCCAAGUCGCCCGAACGCACUCGUGUUAGAAAGCACCAUUGCUAAACUUUCCUGUGCUUAUGGCACACGCUAAGAACGUGCGUCUCGCCGUAAAAAUCAUUCAUCAAUGGAGUUAUGUCCUUUCGCAGCUCUCCUAAGCGUUUUUGUCUGCUGGGUGUUAACCCUUUCGCACCCUAAGAUCAGUAUCCAUGCUCUCCAUACUAUUAUCUAUACAUUUCCUUUGGUACUAUCAAGGAGAAUUCGUUUAACAAUCGAGGUUGGGGAUUAUUUUCCUUCAUUUUCAUGAUUCAGACGUAUUACUGUAAAGGAGAAAUUAAAGGCUGGUCACUCUUAAGAGUUUAAAGAGUUGAUACCGACCACAACUCGUUUUGUCUAAUGUAUAUACUUUCAAAACUGGGCUUCUAUUCCCAGCCGUGCCGCACAAUCGCUGCGAAGGUUUGCCACAAAUUUUAGAUGCCACUUGGUUUGGAUGCGAAAUGUUAUUUCAAGCAUAUUUCACACGCAUUUUAAGAAUGUCCUUUUUAUUUUUUCUAUUAAUUUGAAAAUAAAUACUGUUAGUCUUAGUUACUCAA